UUGAGCGGUCCUAAGAGGACGAGGGCGCAGAUCACGGAAGAAUUUGGGCAGGGAGGAAGGCUGGAUGUGAAGCAAGCUUGGGUGGACAACCCGAAAUCGCCGGUAGCGAACUGGUUCGGGGCUGGGAAGGGGAACGGCUCGGUACCGUAUGAGAUGGAAAAGGGGAUAUUGGGUACCGAGGUGAUCUACAGGGUCAGUAUCGUGCUAGACGCCUAUGGCGGAUACGUAGGUGUCGGAGACAGCGCCGACAAAGCAGAAGCAGAAAAGCUCGCGGCUCUGAGCGCAUUAUAUCAGCUGGUAUCGCAUAGAAUGAUAAACAGACCGCUGAUGGGCGGUUCGGGAGGCGGAACUGCCAAUGCGUCGGGUGCGACGACCCCGAAGGAAUCCUCGGAGACCGUCAAAUUGUCAGACGGGACCCUCGUGACAUACGAAAAAGCCCGACUGUUCAUGGAAUGGUACUGUCAGAACUUCAAUUUCGGUAAACCCGAUUUGUCGUACGAUACGGUGGCUAAGGGUCGCAGCAAGCACAAGAUCACCGAGUGGGAGGCUGUCAUGACGGUUGGCGGGCGCAAGAUCGGGGUGGCUACCGCUGCCAACAAAAAGCUCGCAUUGAAGCUUUGCUAUCUCGAUGUCGCCCAAUAUCUCGAGAGCUGCGAUCCUCAGCUUUGGAACACCUUUAAGAUGCAGGACGGAGGAAGUGUCAGAGAGGACGUGAGGAAAGCGCCACACCUGACUUUCAUGUGUUCCGACAACUUGGUCGAGCUCGUGCGCGAGCUGUGUAGUGAAGCCAGGAAUUCCAACCUUUUCAAAAAGGCACCUACGCCCAACACCGUAGCCCCGCCUUUGGUCGUCGCCCACCAGCCGUUCUCGAUGCCUCCUAGAGCAGCUCUGAAGGGCAGGUCUGACAAAUUAUCAGAUCAACUGAAGGAUUAUGAGGCGGACCAGACCUCUAGCGUCAAAAAGAUGCGAGAGCUUCGAGCUUCCCUUCCCAUCUAUCCUUACAAGAGGGAGAUUCUGAGGGUCAUCGACGAGAACGAAGUCACAGUCUUGACGGCGAAUACUGGAUCCGGAAAGAGUACACAGACGCCGCAAUACAUUCUGGAUGACUACAUCCAAGCUGGAAAAGGGGCAAAUUGUCGAAUCUUGGUAACACAACCCAGACGACUCGCUGCCCUGGCUCUGGCUGAUCGUGUUUCGGACGAGCGAAACUCGAAGAUUGGGCGGGAGGUCGGAUACCAUGUCAGGUUUGACGCCAAGCUUCCAGAGGACAACGGUAGCAUCACCUUCAUGACAAUCGGUAUCCUUCUCAAACGGUUGCAGUCGGCGCUCUCACAUCAAGACGAGAUCACAUGGUUCGACUCAGUUUCCCACAUCGUCCUGGAUGAGGUCCACGAGAGAGAUCUUGAUACAGACCUUCUGCUGGUCAUUCUCAAGCGAAUGCUCAAGACGAGAAAGGCAGCCGGACUCCACGUUCCCAAGAUUCUGCUGAUGAGCGCGACCAUCAACGCGGACCUGUUCAGAAACUACUUCAAGAACGAUCGAGGCCAGAAGGCUCCCCUUAUCGAUGUUCCAGGAAAGACAUAUCCUGUUACGAGAAACUAUUUGGAUGGGUUCAUUGGAGAUUUGCAGCAUCGUUCGAAUGCUGCUGGUAGUUGGGUCUUCCAGGAUAAGCUGGUUAGGCAAUACCUCGAUGCGGACAAUGCCAUGGGAGGCUACCAGAACCCGAACGAGAAGGAGAUCGAUUUACCAUUCCCUCUUAUCGCUUUGACCAUUUCUCACGUCGUACAACAGCAUCAAUCCGGUCGUGACGCUAACCAAACCAAAUCCAUCAGCUUACCGGGUCUGGAGGAAAUGAAGCGGGUCUCAAAGGUGCUUCUAAACGAAGAUCGCCGAUCACCGCUUCCAGUCAACUUUUCCAAUAGCGCCAAAUAUCGCGUACAUACCUUGCAUUCCACUACACCCGUAGCAGAGCAACGCGAGGUCUUUGUUGCCGCCCCGGACGGUGUGCAGAGGAUCAUUCUAGCCACCAACAUUGCCGAAACGUCGGUAACUAUUCCUGGCACUACUGUCGUUGUAGACAGUGGUCGGUCCAAAAUCAAAAUUUACGAUCCGAGUCGACAUGUCUCUUCCCUAGUCACUUCAUGGGCUGGCAGCGCCAACCUCGACCAACGAGCAGGACGAGCAGGUCGUGAAAGACCCGGCGAUUACUAUGCCGUCUUUGGCUCGAAUCGACUAAGGUCUCUCCGCCCGCAUCAAGAGGUGGAGAUGCUUCGACUCGACCUAUCUGAGGUAGUCAUGCAUGUGAAAGCGCUGAACAUCGGAAUGGUUGAGGACGUGCUGGAGCAAGCAAUCGAGCCCCCAGCUGCAGAGCGUGUCGAAGCCGCUCUCUCAAUGUUGCGACUUCUCGGAGCCUUGGAUAGUCGGCAGAACGUCCUGCCUCUGGGUAAAAUCCUCCUGCAGGUACCUUGCGAUGCUCGUCUCGGCAAACUGCUCCUGUUUGGAACUGUGUUCAAGUGUCUUUCCCCAGCUCUUACCAUUGCGGCGAUUCUCGGUAGCCGGGAUCCCUUCCUAGCCCCUCCUCAUCUGCGAGAGCAAUCUAACGAGAUCAAGAACUCGUGGUCACCCAAACAUUUCCGUUCCGACGCUCUGUGUGUAGAAGCCGCGUUCAACGCUUGGUGGGAGAUGCAAUCUCGAGGAGACUAUUCCGAAGCCAACAGAUUCCUCAACGACAACUUGUUGAGCAAACCUACAAUGCUGGGCAUUCAGCAGAUCAGAGAGCAGUUAUACGACGCUCUAGUGCACGCGAAUGCCUUGACACUGAUCACCGGCAAGCGAUACGUGCGCCGACGAAGGUUGCUAGUCAUACCGGCGGACUUUGACGUCAAUGCCGACAGCUUACCACUGAAAGCGGCCUUGAUCUCGAUCGGUUCCAUACCCAACUUCGCCAUCCGCACAAACCCCAAGAUGUGCCGAACCGCGCAGGACAACAAUUGCUUGAUUCACGUUAGCAGUGUCAAUACCAAAAAGCGUGAAGAUGCGACUCCGAUCAUUGCAGAUGGCGUCUUUGCCGGGGAGAAACGGCUGUAUACCUUCCAAGAAAAGGUGGCAAGCGCGCAAGGCUCGAUGUCUGCCCCAAAACAGCUUCGAAAUGUGACGAGAAUCGAUCCUCUGACCUAUCUUCUCUUCGGAGCUUCCCACAUGAGGGUCUUGGAGAAUGGUUUGGAGGCGGAUGAUUGGCUCCCCAUCACUGGCAACUUGGACGCUCUCGACGAUAUCCAGAGGUUGCGGAUCGUGAUGGAUAGCUGUUUCCUCCGAGUCUGGGAAGGUCUCGACUACCUGAACAGGGUCAGAGCGCCUGCACGCAAGAAGGCGCCUACCGAGUCGCGUGCUGCAUCUCCGACGCAAGAUGAUGACGCUGAGGAGGAGGAAGAGCAGGCCGAGUUCGGAUUGUACGACGAGGAGCUUGACAAGAUGGGACGAGGCUCCGCGAGGCAGACGGACAGGGACAGUGAGGGAGCGCUUUCGUCGGACGAACUGAUCGAGCUUGGAUACCUGUCAUCCGACGUAGUGCGUAUCCUCGACGCCUUUGCACAAGAGAGAGCCCCCGAUCUGUCUAGGGCAACGACGAGACCGUCUACACCC